AUGGGGCACGUCUACCGCCAAAGAGCUUACAACACAGUCAGCAAAAAGCCCACGACCUCAGCAACGGACUAUUCGGAUGAUAUGUUCGAUGAGAACAUUCUGGCAGUCAACCGUCUUCCCCAUGAAUCUUGCCAGGAUGUAUUGGAGCCGCAUCACCUUCUGUUGGUGUGGGAAAGUGCCUCAGAGAAUUCUUGCCCGGGAGGUGGUGCCCAUUGCAUGGCAUGUUCUUUGCGUUGCCCAAGACGAUCUUCGGUCACUGAAAAUUCGAUGCAAAUUGUGAUCCAUGCAAAAUGCCACGACUCAUGUGUGUGUGGGCAUGUGGUGUGCCCAGGAGUGGCGGUCAAGCCCACGUGUGUUAGCAAGCGGGCUGUAGAGUCGCUGAACACCUACCUGCGGCCCAGGCGCAUCAUAAUCGUCACAACCAGCGCGGAGGCUUGUACUGUGUUUGUGACGUUUGCAAAGAAUGUGCAAUGUGUGGAAGAGGGGUCGAUUCUUCCAGGAGUGUCCAAGGAGACAGUCGGGGAGUAUUUGGAAGCUAGAUACAAAAGCGUGGAUGAAAACAGUGAGUUCCAUGGGCGGCUGCUGGCUGGGUGGUACCUGCAGCAGUUCCUCAAGCUGGGAGCUGCCGAGUAUAUGCCGGUAGAGCCUGAGCUCAGCCAGUACUUCCUUGUUUGGGACUUGGACAUGAUGCUGCUUCGACCGCUCUCAUUGUUCUAUAUCCCAGGCGCAUCCCGAAAGGUGCACCAUGUGCAACGGCAGACUGUUGUUAAUGUUGGGGGCAACAAGCUGCCGGGAUACGAGCCUUCAUACAAACGCCUGACAGGACAAGAUCUGGAAUACGCUCCAGAUGGGACAUCGUUCGUGACGCACUGGCUGGUGGUGUACAAGCCAUACAUGGCCGAAUUCCUCAUAUCCAUCGGUGGGGGCAACUUCACCGACAACCCAGCCAAUGCGCUGCACUUGCAGAUGGGCGAGGCCUCCACGCGAUGGGUGUGGAGGAUCCUGGACUCGAUCGAUCCCAAGUUCGUUGAAACCGGGUUCUCGGAGUACGCAAGUUACGUGAGCUGGGUGAAGCAGAACUAUCCGGAAUCCCAACACGUCCUGAAGAGGCGAACCUGGCGAAGGAAUCCUCUCGGCGGCAAGCUCGCCAUAAUUGCGGGCAUGUACUUCCGCAGCGAUGGGCUCUGCUGCCCCAUGGAGUGGGCUGUGCGCCUCAUGAGGUUCUUCAACUACCAGUACGUGGGGUUUGAGAUCGGCCACUAUCACGUGUGCGGCUAUACGGACGAGCGACACGACAAGGGCUAUGGCGUGUAG